CGCUGCCAACACAGUCCACAGAGUGAACCUAACUCAAACCCUAAUCCUAAAUUCACACUUUCCCUCCUGAAUCUCCGACUUUCCAUGGCGAAGCAGAAGCAUGUGGCUCCUCUUGAAGACUCUGACCAUGAAGAAGAAGAAGAUAGCAGCGAGGGAGAGGAUGAAGUUGCUUCAUCCAACGAAGACGAAGACACAGAUGAAGGCGAAGAUGAACGUGACAAGCACAUGCUGGUUCCCAGGAAGCCUCAACUGCAAACGGUUUCCAAACCCUCGUCUUCUUCAUCUGAAGUCGAAUCGGAUUCGGAGCCCGAACCCGAGCCUGAGCCUGAGCCUGAGUCUCUAUUGGAAAACGCUAAAGCCUCUUCAAAGUUGAAGUCUCAACCUUCGUCUUCUGUCAGUGAUGCCAAAUCCGGGUCAAAGCGCGCAGCCAAGAACAGUAUCGACCCCUCGAACCAACCAAAGCGUGGGAAGAAGGCACAGGACGAUGACGCCGCCGGCUCCGAUGAAGUGGAUCCAAAUAAAUCACGUGACGAGUCCAAAUCCAUCUUUGAAGGUAAAAGGAUGAGUGAAUUGUGUGGGACUAGUUUAGCUUUGACUUCAAUGUUGAGGUACGAUGGGACUUUUGGUGAGCCUUACGGUGAAGGUUAUAUUAGAAAGGGAAUAGAGUUGCUUGGAGUCUCAAAGAGGGAAGAGAUCGAGGCUAGGUGGAAGAAGUUCGAAGAUGCUGAAAAAAAAUUGCAUGUGGAGAUAGCUGAAUUCUAUGCAGAACAGGCUCAGUUAAUAUAUCAAGUAAAUAGCUCCUUAUCCUCCUAGAAAUUGCACCAACUGGGGAAAGAUGAUGAUGAGUCUGGUGUCGAUUCAAAUUAAGCAUGGUGGCUGUUUGGUUUUUAUUUGUUUUAAAGUGACUUUUGGUUUAAAGUGUGUUUAUUUUUGUUGUUUUGUUAGAUAUUUUUAAUUGCCUUUGUUUUAUGUUUAAUUAAGUUGAAUUUGUAUUGAAUUUGGAUGUGAUAUACUCUUGUUAUUUUAGUUUAUUUAGAUUAUUUUUGUUUA